CUCUCACCUUGCGAUCUUGCACGAGGAAUCGAGCACCAUCCGACAUCAGCUUCGGGAGGAGCGGGGCGAGGGGGAGGAAGAGAGGGAGGUGAUGCACCAAGUGGUGGGAGAACGAGGCGCGGGGGGAAGGCGAGGAGGAGGAGGAGGAGGAGGAGGAGGAGGAGGAGGAGGAGGAGGAGGAGGAGGAGGAGGAGGAGGAGGAGGAGGAGGUGACAAAAUUCGAUUCAGAGGGAGGUGACGAAAGGAAAGGAAACAAAAUGA